UCCCAAAAUAAACGCAGACGAUGUGAAGUAAUUGUUUUGAUGAGUUUGUGGCCCCUAGCAAAAGCAGAGAUUUGAGUUUGCUGUUUACUUGUGCUUGCUAAUGCUGUGCAGUAAUUUGAUUGAAGAAAACAUAGAUUUAAAACCUGUCGAUUGUGCCCAAUCAUACAAACAUUAUUGUCGUUGUCCGUAGUGUUUGUAGUAACUUACUAAAGUGUUAUGUAAAUGCUUAACCUCCAAAAUUUACGUAGGCUUAACAUAUUGUUUAUAAAACACUAUUUGUAAAAUGAGGUUCAAUGAAAGGGAAGCUUCUGAGAUUUUGGCAAACGGUACCAUUGAUUUGGAGGGUCGUUUGAACUUUCGUAAGAUAUGUAUUGGGAACUAUAGUCAACCAGCUUUUAAAGAGCGAUGGUUUAAAUUGAAAGGAAAUUUACUAUUUUACUUCAGAAUCAAUGAGAUUGGCAAAGUGGAUGGAAAACAGCCUACUGGAUUACUCAUUUUAGAAAAUUGUUCCGUUCAACCUGAAGGAAAUUCUGGUGUUCCCUUUGCAUUCUCAUUAUCGUUUAGAGAUGAACCUGACAAAAAAUUAAUCUUUGCUGGAAGAUCUGAAGACCAUGUUCAGCAGUGGAUUAAUGCAUUGAAGCAAUCUUCAUAUGAGUAUUGGAGACAGCAGAUGAUACUACUACAGUCAAAAAUUUGCUUCAGGACUGGAAAGGAUCCUCUACUUUUGUAUCCUCAUAAUCAAGGCGUUGUUCGUAAUUUUCAAGAACCUGAUGAGGCAGAUCAAAUUGGAAUGCGAGAGCCAAGUUUUCAAAGUCACAUUCUUGUGGCAUCAACUGCAGCCAUAUCUAUACACACUGCUCCUACUCCAACACCAUUAGCGCGAAGUGCCAGCAGUACCAGUGCCGUCUUGCGAUCAAUUGUCCCUCCCCCUCGUACCAAUGCAUUAUCAAGAAGUGCAAGUAGUUCACAGGCCAACAAAUCACCUCCACUUCCACCCAGAGCUUCAAGAUCUCAAUUUCAUCAUCCUGUUUCGCCACUUGCCCAGACUCAGGCGCCUUCAGUGAUAAAGCUACCUACACACACACAAUCUAGUGGAUGUGUCAUAGAUGAGUCUCCUAAUUUAAUAGAAUUGUAGCUGAGGAUCAUGUGAAGAGCUGUAAUAGUGCUUUCCCAAGCUCUCUUUCUCAUUAUGUAACAUAUCCCUCACAUCAUACUUAACUCUCUUCUCAAUUACUCAUAUUCCAAAUUGAGCAGGUCUUUUUUUAGCUGUCUCCCAACUUCUACUAUUUCCACUUCUUCUCAUGUCCUUAAGCAUAUUUAGGGGUAUUGCCUGCUUGACUUUAUCUGCUAGCCACUACUGUAUCAGUUAUUAUUAUCUAUUUCAGAUUUGAUCUGUGAUGUGUGUCAUUAUUCUAAUCAUUGAGACAAUACUCAUUUACUAAUUCAAGAGGUAGACUUAAAUUUUAAUUUGAAGACUGAUUCAAGGCGUUGCCUGUUAUAGAAAUUUAUUGUUAACCCUAAUUUUGUUCAAUAUAGAAAACCUGUACCACUGAGCCUUUACGUAGUUUUAUGAAAUAGAUGAGUAUGUCGAAUACAUACUUUUCUCAACCCAGUUCCUUGACCAGCUAAUUGAUAGCAAGAGGCUCCUAUAUUUAUUGUCCUGUAUUUUUGUUUCUUUAACUAUAUUUCUACUUAAGUGAAAAAGUGUUUAAAAUACCAUUACUGUGUAUCUAUGUUUAAGUUUUAGAGUAGAGAAAAUGAGUUCAUAUCUGGAGUAUUGAAAGAUAAUUUUUGGGCAUUUAAAGUAUUCAUAGUCUAUUGUGAAUAUUAUCUCAUGCAGCCCAAUAGUGUUUUUUUUUUUUUUUUUUUUUUUUUUUUUUUUUUUUUUUUUUUUUUUUUGUUUUUUUUUGUUUUUUUGUUUUUUUGUUUUUUUCCUUUUUGUAGGAAACAGAGGAGCAAAACUUAAACGUUUAAACCCAGUCCAACAAGUUUUGUGAUGGGGGUUCUGUAGAUUUCAUUCUGAAUUAUUGGUCCUGUGAUGGUCUAGUUUUUAAAAAGUUAUGUUGCACAAGUGCCACUUGUACUUGCAUAAUUCUGUUGUACUCCAGUUUUCAAUCCUUGAGUACGAUUAUUGAUUCAAUCUUUGCAGGUACAAAGUAUUAGAAACUAAAUAAUCCACCAGAAUACAAUACUGUACUAUGCAUGUUGGCAUAGUGCAAUGAUGUUACCUAUAUUACGGGUUGUAUGAAAUUAACAUUUUAUUAAAUGGAAUAAUUCUGGUAUGUUUUGUCUGUACCUCUGUGCCUAUAGCUUUACGUUGGUGCUGUGCAUGUACCCUUUUAAUCUUAGGUAUUGCACAUCUGUGAUUGGCUUACCUGCUCUGAGCUUGAGACAUUCCAUUGCAUUUGUGCCUUUGUACUGGAGAAAUUUUCUAAAAAUUUCAGGGUUUAUUUUAAAAUGAGAAUAACUUUAUUCAUGAUGAUUUAGAUGAAGAAGUUUUGAACAACUUGGUGUAGAUAUUGCGCUUGUGAUAGAUAUUGGAUCAAUUAUUGACUUCCUUUUCUCUGCCUUUGUGAGAAUUAUAAAUAUAUUGCUCCUUUUAAAUGAAAGUUUAAACUUGUAAUUGUAAUGAACAGAAAAUAUAUGUUUUGGUGAUUGUUAA